AUGACAGAUUGCGCCAAUCAUUUGCAAGAAGACCUCGAAACGAUUAAAGCUCACAGUGAUCUGUCUGUGCUACUUCUGGUAAUUAUUUUGACAUUGAUUCUUGUGCCCAAAUUACAUAAAACUGCAAUUUCUAGAAAGGAAAUUGCCUUCGAUCACACAUUCAACCUCAGUUUAAUUACUUGGCCCAACCUUACCAGACCAAAUGUUUCCACAAAUGCGGAGUUGAGCAAAUUUGGUCCUCUUGAAAUGAAAAUUAGUGUCGGCCAACAGCGAACAUUAGAGAUUCUAUUAGAAGUAUUCAAAAAGGCAAUGGCAGAUAUCAAUUUGGAGGGUCUAUGGUUUGUCGACAGUGGAACACUUCUGGGAUCUAUCCGACAUCACGAUUUGAUACCUUGGGAUGACGAUGCUGACAUUAGAUUGGAUGUCAAAUAUCGUCCAGUGGUUCAAGCUGCUCUGAAGAAACUCGCUCCCAAAUUCCUCACUUACAAAGGGGCUGGGCAUGAUAAACUCUUCUUUGCUCCAUUUAAUGCCUCAACAAAUGUCACUCCCAAAUCAAUUGGCAGUCAUGCCUUUGUCAAACAUCCAUGGGCAUGGCCAUUCAUCGACAUUCUUUACUAUGAGGAGUACCAACCCCACAAAUUCAAAAAUUACAGAGAUUAUCCUAUAAGAUAUGCCCAAAGUGAUAUAUUUCCCUUGAUAUAUCGGCCAUUUGGAAAACAGUGGCUGCCGUCACCGAGACGACCUAUUAGUUACUUGAAAGCCCACUACGGUAACAAGGAACAAGGUUGCAAAUCUCACCGUUUCUUACACGCCACAGAGAGUGGAGCUAAGGUAGUAGUUGAGGAUUGCGCGAAUCUGUUGGACAAAUAUCCCUUUGUGCAUCGAUGUCGUGUUCCCAAACGUGAGAGGAGAAAACAGCACUCUGAACUAUGUGAUGAAUAUCUGGUGAAUGGAAGUGGACAAGUCAUUCACAAAAUUCAUCUUCCACUUGAUGCCGAUGAAUGCAAAUCUCCAUUCUACACAGCCAGACACAAAUCUUUCAGAUGUCCGUGGUAUUGA